UUUUUUUUUUUUUUUUAAUCGCACAUUGAACAAACACUGAAGUGGCCUGGAGCAGACACUGACAGGGGUAGUAUCUCCGCGGCUCAGAAGGGCGUGCAGGGCCGGCCGGCGUCGCCACCGCCCGGAUCUCCGGCCCCUACCGAGGAGCUUUCCGCCUUCUUUUCCACUCCUAUUUUUUUGGUCUUCCAAAAGAAGUCAGGAAACCAUUUCUGAGCUUUUUGAACUUUUAAAGCCAUCUUUUUCCUACGCGGUCUGCGUCCCUGGGCCAUGUAGUCUGCACAGGACCCGGGAAUCUGAGAAAUUGCAGCGGCGCUGUUGUUUAUGGAGCUCUGGGCGGGGGCUGAGCCUGCGGUCUUGCCCCCCGCCCGCUGCCCGGGCCAUGCCACCCCAUCUGCGCGCGGAGCCGCGGCCGCGGGGCCUCCAGGGCUGAGCCGAGAGCUGCGGGAGGAGGAGACGCCGGCGGCGGAGCCGGAACGGGAGCGGCGGCGGCGGGCAGCGCGGCGGACCCAGUACUAUGGCUAUGUACUGCUAUGCACUCAACAGCCUGGUGAUCAUGAAUAGCGCCAACCAGGUGAAGAGCGGCGGCGGCCCUCGGCCCAGCAGCAGCGAGACGCCCCCGCCGCCGCCGCCGCCGGGAAGGGCCGUGUUGAGCCCAGGCAGCGUUUUCAGCCCCGGGAGCGGCUCCUCUUUCUUGUUCCCCCCAGCCGAGUCCUUGUCGCCGGAGGAGCCCGGGAGCCCCCCGGGCUGGCGGAGUGGCCGGCGCAGGCUGAAUAGUGGUAGUGGCAGCGGCAGCGGCAGUGGCAGCGGCAGCGGCAGCAGCGUGGGCAGCCCGAGUUGGGCGGGUCGCCUGAGAGGGGACGAGCAGCAGGUGGUGACCACCCGUGGUACCCUCUCCCCUCCCGGGCCAGAGGAGGCCAAGAGGAAGCUGCGAAUCCUGCAGCGUGAGCUGCAAAACGUGCAGGUGAACCAGAAAGUGGGCAUGUUCGAGGCGCACAUCCAGGCGCAGAGCUCCGCCACUCAAGCGCCCCGCAGCCCGCGUUUGGGCAGGGCUCGUUCGCCCUCCCCGUGCCCUUUCCGCAGCGUCAGUCAGCCCCCAGGAAGGGUCCUGGCACAAAGCGAGGAACGGAGGACAAAGUCCUGGGGGGAUCAGUGUACGGAGACUUCAGAGGCCGACUCUGGGAGAGGAGGAGGGGCGCCCAGCCUAUGCCUCUCGAAGGACAAAGAUGGACCGGCAUCUUUCCCCAGCCCCGCUGCCCCGUCAGGAUCAGGGGCUCAGGGUCCAGGCGCUUCGGUGAGGAUGGAGAAGGGGGUCCCUGCCAGACCCCACUGUGGCUCACCCAUUGCCAUGGAAGUUGACAAGAGGGUAUCUCCUCCUUUGGGAAUUCACAGCUGCCAAGCUCCCUCAUUGGGGCUGGUGGGAGUGAACUUGGCAGUGGCUACAGAAGUUGCAGGGAGAGCCACAGCCAUGGGACCACACCACCCACACGCUGCCCUCAUGGAACCGUCUGAGGGGGCCCUUGAGCAUAGGGGUGUGUUCCCCCCAGAGGCCCUGGCCAAGAGGCAGGGGCAGUCUCUGGGCAGUGAGACCAGCCCAGCCCCAGAGAGGGGCGGGCGCCACAAUGGAGAGCCCCCAGGAAAGGUGGGGAAAGGAGAUCUGCCCGGUGGUAUGCCUGGCUCCGGGGUGCCGGCAGCGGCCGAAAGGCCAGUGGAGAGGACUGUGAAUGCACAGAGCCCACUGGAGCCCCCUGAGGCCCCCAGCUGGUUCAGGCAGCCAGGAGGCUUGGGCUCGGUAGGCUCCGAGGGGACCCUGAGUGGAGCCCUAGUGGCUGAGGAGCCACGGCCACUGUCCAGCAGAGUGGAUGAAGGGUCUCCGGCACUGGGCUUGCUUGGGGGUAGCCGCUCAGUGCAGCUGGGGCCCCGGGAGGCCAAGGCGGGGAUUCUCUCUGGCAGAACGCUGGCACCUUUGCCCUGUUGGGAAGCAGCAAAAGAUCUGAAAGAACCUCAGUGCCUUCUUGGCGAUGGGAUGGGUGUGCACCCCGGGAGCCCUAGGCUUUGUCUGGGCCCCAUGGAAGAAGCAGGUCUGGCCUGGACGUGUGGCACAGGGGUGCGAUCCGAGGGGACUUGGGGAAGCCAGCCGCAGGACAGAGCAGCUCACCCCAGCCUGGAGCGGCUCUCCCCAGAUCAGGACGCCCGGCCUGUCCGGGGAGAGGCCUGCAGCCGAAGCACCAUACCUGCCGUCAUCAUUACAGACACUGGUGCCCAGGAGGACGGGGCUUUGGAGGAGGCGCAGAGAAGCCCCGGGGGCAGCCUGCCGCUCAGGAAGCUGUCCUCUUCCUCUGCCUCCUCCACUGGCUUCUCCUCCUAUGAGGACUCGGAGGAGGACAUCUCCAGUGACCCCGAGCGCUGCCUGGACCCCAACUCUCCCUUCCUGCAUACUCUGGACCAGCAGAAGCCCCGAGUGAGCAAAUCAUGGAGGAAAAUAAAAAACAUGGUGCACUGGUCUCCCUUCGUCAUGUCCUUCAAGAAGAAGUAUCCCUGGAUCCAGCUGGCGGGCUCUGCAGGGAGCUUCAAGGCCGCUGCCAAUGGCAGGAUUCUGAAGAAGCACUGUGAGUCGGAGCAGCGCUGCCUGGACCGGCUGAUGGCCGAUGUGCUGAAGCCCUUCGUGCCCGCCUACCACGGGGAUGUGGUGAAGGACGGGGAGCGCUACAACCAGAUGGACGACCUGCUGGCUGACUUCGACUCCCCAUGCGUGAUGGACUGCAAGAUGGGCAUCAGGACCUACCUGGAGGAGGAGCUGACCAAGGCCCGGAAGAAGCCCAGCCUCCGGAAGGACAUGUACCAGAAGAUGAUCGAGGUGGACCCCGAGGCCCCCACCGAGGAGGAGAAGGCCCAGCGGGCCGUGACCAAGCCACGCUACAUGCAGUGGAGGGAAACCAUCAGCUCCACAGCCACCCUGGGGUUCAGGAUCGAGGGCAUCAAGAAAGAAGAUGGCUCUGUGAACCGGGACUUCAAGAAGACUAAGACGAGGGAGCAGGUGACCGAGGCCUUCAGAGAAUUCACUAAAGGCAACCCUAACAUCCUGAUGGCCUACCGGGACCGGCUGAAGGACAUAAGGGCCACCCUAGAAGUCUCACCCUUCUUCAAAUGCCAUGAGGUGAUCGGCAGCUCCCUCCUCUUCAUCCACGACAAGAAGGAACAGGCCAAGGUGUGGAUGAUCGACUUUGGGAAAACCACACUGCCCGAGGGCCAGACCCUGCAGCACGACAUCCCGUGGCAGGAGGGGAACCGGGAGGACGGCUACCUCUCGGGCCUGAACAACCUCAUCGACAUCCUGACGGAAAUGUGCCCGGGAGCCCCGCGCGCUGAAACCGCCCCGCGCCCCACCUCACCGCCGUCCCGACCCUUCUCCCCCCUGCGUCCCUUCUCCUUCCGAAUUUCCCCUUCACUUCCACCCGGGUGCAAACCCCAGAACUGACCCUCCGGAUCGGCAGGCACUACAAGACACUUUGUAGCAGACGAGAUGAGAUUUUUCUACUUACCCCCUCACUGAAGGGUUUGGAGCUGGGGAUUUUAGUUGGCGUUCUCAAUAGGAGCUCCUACUAGUAGAGAGAUGCCCCAAUCCAGGCUCAGCUGCCUGCAGGGAGGCCACUUGGGUUUCGAUCUGGAAGGAGGCUCAGGUGGUGGUAGAAUCACGAAGAGCCCCAGCCUCUGGCAGGCUACCUGUGGGGGCUUGCUGCCCCCUGGUGGCCGGUGCCGGUGGCGCCACUCUAAGGCGUAGCCCCGUUUCUGCCUCAUCCUCUCCGCUCCCCAGAUUGGGGAAGGGGGGAGGGGUGCCUGGCUGUAAAAACAGGUACCUGGCGCCAGGUUUCUGGUAGUUGGGGCACAGCACCCCUAGGACUAGCAUGUUGGCCAUCAAUUAAGUACCCUCUGCUUGGCAGCCUGGGGACUCCCAGAGAUGCUGCCGUGGCCUUUGCAGGGCUGCUAAAGCAGGGAACCCCACCCAUCCGGUACUGAAAUUCUCUAGCAUUGGAACAACUCCAGGAGCCAAGAGGGGUCCAGCUCCAACUUGACCAUGCUCUCUGACAUUGGCCUUCCCAGGAGAGGGCAGGCAGGAGUGGUGUUCUUCCAUCUGUGAUUUUUGCCUACAAAUUCAGAGGGACAUUCUGCAAACCUGAGCUUCCAGGAGUAUCACCCACCCCCCGGAGCCAGGCAAGGUCCUGGGGCCUGGGUGGCAGUGGACCAGGGCCCAGGCAGCCUCAGGGGAAGAAGGACAGGCUGCAGGGGACACUCCUCUCUUGUCCCCUCAUCUCCUCACCUCCUGGAGCCAGCUGGUCCAACGUGCUGCACACAUGGGGCUCUUGUGAGAUCCAGAGUCCCCACUGGUCACGGGGCAGAGCCUCAGGCCAGUGCCCAGUAGGGAGGAAGCAGGAGGCUGCCUUACCAGCUUCAUUUUCCCCCUGAAAUAGGUCUUAGCCUGCAGGGUUUAGCCAUGUUCCCCAAUGCCUGGUGGGCAGCUUCCAGAGAACGUAGCUGGGUGCUGGGCAGCUCUGCCUGGCAUCUCUAGGUGGCUCGAGGAGUCACAGGGAACACCUGUAAGUCUUAUUUUAAUUGUAAAGCAAGUAGGUCUAUAUUCUUGAGAAGAGUGUAAAUUUUGUGAGACUUGUAAAGAACAAAACUCUGGCUCUUUGGCCCUUGAGAGCAGCGGUGGCGCAAGUGCCCUCCUUGGCCACCGGAGGUCAGGCCCCUUGCUCUGCAGGGAGCUGCUCCAGGGACACAUGGAAAGAGUGUCCCCCGGCGUGUGUGCCAUCUAGAGGGAGGGCCUCCUGGGCUGCCCCCUGUCACCUCGGCGUCCCUGGGGGAACUGUCAACUUGCUCAUGUGACAUGUGCAUUUUUCCCUUUUCACUCUGGGUGUGACGGUUGGUGGGGCCGGAAGGUGGGACCCAUGAGGAUGUCUCAGUACAGUUUUUCAAAGAGGAAAUCACUUUCAAACUUCCUGGCUCUUGUUCAAAACAGCAGUGAGCUCCUGUGGGGGUCACACCCCCACCCGGCUGAGCUCGGGAGACCUGUGACACCACGUGACCCUAGGAGGCAAAAGCCCAAAGCCAGCUCGGGGUCAUGGGGUGGGGGUGGGGUCUGUGCUGCCGCUGUCUGCAGGGAAGAGAGAGCCUUCUUUCUGAUGGAGAGGUUCUCCAGCUGUGGGCUGGCAAGCACGUGCCCCCACCCCGGCAGUCUAGCUGUGACAAAAUUUUGCAAAAGCAAAUGAAUGCAAUGAACAAAACUUACAGGCGACCAGCUGAAACCGAUUUAAAAGAACAAACUUUCCAAGCACUUUCAGCAGGCACCGGUUGUUUGCAAACAAUGUGCUAAGAUGCAGGUGAUCCGUUUAUCAAAGGAGGCCCACAGCACCCCUCAUUAGCAAUCCUUGGCUUUGGGUGGCAUUGUAUUCGUGAAUGGUAGGAAGUGACAUCUUUCUAGGGUUAUUCUAGUAGGGGUUUGGGGUUUUGUAUUUCCUGUGCUAGUUCUCCUCUUCUGCACCUACUCUCUCUACCCAUCCUCCCCUCUAAUCCCCACUCCCUCAUCCAGGCAGGAGAGAUGGAUCCUGGAUUGGCAUUUCCCAGAGGCCCUGCCCAGGCCAUCUGAAAACCAUCCCCAGCCAGCCGGGUUCAGGCGGGGACUCCUUGGGUCCUGGCCUCGAAGGUGCCGGGAGGGUGGGAUGAGCUGUGUGCAUCUGUGCACAGGUGAGCAGGCGCCCUUCCUGCCGUGUUCCUGGGGGGAGGGCCCCCCCCGGGGGGGGCUCUCAGUGUUCAGCACUGCUCAGCAGUAGAAGGAGGUUUCUCACCUACUUGUCCCAGAUGUGCCUUUAGUGUCAUGUAAGAAGUUUUUAACUUAUAUUUAUUUUGUCGGGUUUUUUUAAUUGCACAAAACACUAAGACUGAGAGGCUGGUUCUGUUUCUCCUUUAAAGCUUUGCCUUCUUUCUGAACUUCCUUUCCCGCCCUGUGAAGAGAGCCCGGAUGCAGCCCUGGCCACUGUUCUCCCCCCCCCCCCACCUCACCCACCACCAUGGACUCUUUCCACCAUUAGCUGUAUUUAGCUUUGAGUGUCUCUGCGUCCGGUUGGCCUGUGUGUGUGUGUGUGUGUGUGUGUGUGUGUGUGAGAGAGAGAGUAACCCAGGCCCUUGCUUGGGAAGAAGCAGAGGGCACACCCCCGCCAGUGCCUUUUUCUGGAGGAGAGGGCUCUCCUGGCCUCAGCACCCCUCUUCCGGAGACACCUUCGGAGAAAACUGAGCUGUUACAACCCCUCCCCCUCCCCCCCAGUGCCUGUUAACCAGACCGCAGAUGCUCUGUACCUUCCUGAAUAAAGGCCCUGAGACCAUGGUGCUGGGUGCUGGGUGUGGUCCUUCCCAUCCCCAGCCCUCAGGGGCUGUCUGGGGUGGGGUUGGGCUGGGGACUCUUUGGAAGCUGGAGGAUCCAUUGGGGCUAUGACAACCCACAGGUGUGGGGGGUCCAAUUAAGUAAACUUUUAAAUCUG